AUGGCUACUAAAUUUUAGGAUGAUUUAGACUAAGACUGCAAUGAAAAUUAUAAGAAGCUAAUACCCUUAAUUUUAUUUUGUGCACUUUAUGGAUCUCUCAUUAUAAUUGGUAUAAUUCUCUGGUCAUAUCAUCAGUAUGAAAUAAAAUAGAUAGCAUCCAAAGGAAAUAAAGAUGUUAAAGGGUAAUACAAGUUCGUGGAUAAUUUUAUUCAAAAGCUAAAGGAAAAAGACAGAUAAAAUCGUGAGAGUGGUGUAUAGAUUACCUAAAGAAAAGGACAAGAUCCUAAUAAUAUAGACCAUGAAUCGUCUGAAAUGAUGAGCAAUUUAGAUAAUUCUAGGAUAACAUUCAAUUAGCACUAAUCUCCUCGACAGAAACUUCCAAGCUAAGAUUUAUUUGGCAAUAAAUAUCGGCUCUAAAGCAAUAAUAAUUAACAAUUGUUAAAUCACGAGUUACAAGAGGAUCUGCUGUAUAAAGAUGCAUAUUAGAGAUUUAGUAGUAGCGUAAAAAGAGGAAGCAGCAAUAAAAUCAGCACCAGUUCAAAUCAACCGAUCUGA